AUGACCACGUUAAAAGAUUCCUUCCUGCCAAUCAUAAGUGUUAUUCCUCGCAUCUGGGGGCCUGUAUUAACAGUCACGAUUUUUGCGACGUUUGUUGCAUAUGCACAUACCAAGGGUCAUCAGGUCCAACUUACGAACUCCGUCGUUCCUUUGCUAUCUGUGGUUGUUGGCCUUAUAUUAGUAUUCAGCACUUCUUAUGAUCGUUACUGGGAAGGACGAAAGUCAUUUGCAUCCAUGACAUCCAACAUCCGAAAUCUUUCCCGUCUGGUCUGGGUAAAUGUUGCGCCUCCACCUUCAGACCAAGAGAUUUCCAUCAAAGGAAAAGCAAAAACAAUAACACCCAAACAGUUGGAACGCAGGAAGGCAGACGCACUGCAUCUAUGUCUGGCGUUUGCUUAUGCAGUCAAGCACUACCUUCGCGGAGAAGACGGUACCAACUGGGAAGAUUAUCGUGGAUUGCUCCCACCCUCAUUCCUCCAAGCAGAAGAUAUGGGGUAUCGUUCUGACGCAUAUUCAGCGACGCGUAGCUCAUCGCCAGCACCAAGUGACAGCAGCGGCAUGACGUCCCUUGACCGACCCAAUGCCACGAAGCGAGUGCGUGUAAAGCGUAGCAAACCGAACCUUAUCAGUCAGACGACACCGUUACUGUCAAUUCAAUUCGCGGAGGAAACCUCUCUUCCUCUUCCAUUAAUUAUUUCUCAUGAAUUGGGCCGAAUGAUAUUCUGUUUUCGUCGAGAUGGACUGUUAGAAACUGUUGGCCCAGCAGGUACGAAUGCAAUGACUCAAUUAAUUCAGGGCAUGGUCGACCAAAUGACGACCAUGGAGCGUGUUGCGAAUACCCCGAUCCCACCCUCUUAUGGAAUUCAUCUGAAGCAAUGCGUCACCCUUUAUCUGUUUGCCUUACCGCUGACCCUCGUCAAUGACCUUGGCUGGACUAUGAUACCUAUAGUGACGGUCGUUGCAUUCACUCUGAUGGGCAUAGAAGGUAUUGCUGAUGAAAUUGAGAUGCCCUUUGGAACAGACAAAUCCGAUCUUCCUCUCGAUACAUACUGCCAAGAUCUGAAAGAGGAAAUCGGAUUUAUGAUAACUCGUCUGCCUGAAGUAGGGGAGGGAGCCUAUGGCUACGACGAUGGCGAAGGAGAUGAUUAAGAUACCAAUGCCUUGACAACGGCGUUCAAAAUAUUGACAUGAAAUCACGCAACAGAAGGAUGUUUAGGACUUGACAUAUAUAUUAAUCAUUCCUAGACAUUCAUUGGAAUUCUGGGCUACAGAAUUCUCCAGGACCAUAUGGCUGGAAUGAACAGUUAGCGUAGUCAGAUCGAUCAAUUUCUCUUGGACAUACCUUUGUAGUAAGCGCUGUUAGACCCGCCGAAUUCUC